AAAAUCCAAUCUCGCUCUCCAAAUCCUACCCGAAACUCCACCGAUACUUCCAAAAAGAUCGUAACAGCAGCCAUGUCUGGUCGUGGAAAGGGCGGCAAGGGCCUUGGAAAGGGCGGUGCUAAACGGCACCGUAAGGUGUUGAGAGAUAAUAUCCAAGGAAUAACCAAGCCUGCCAUCAGGCGUCUUGCACGGAGAGGUGGUGUGAAGCGCAUCAGCGGUCUGAUCUACGAGGAAACACGUGGUGUGCUGAAGAUCUUUUUGGAGAAUGUGAUCAGAGAUGCUGUGACCUAUACGGAGCAUGCGAGGAGGAAGACAGUCACUGCCAUGGAUGUGGUUUAUGCCCUGAAGAGACAGGGGAGGACUCUGUAUGGGUUUGGCGGCCUUGGUGAUGGUGGGCGGGAAAGUGGGGAUAAGUUGGACCUUACAGACAUGCUUCAGGCUGACAGAAAAGCACAACCUGCCACGUCAUCGAUCCGCUCCAACCAUUACAAACCAAUCGCCGCCAUCGUUUCCCAAUCCAACAGCGAAAAUAUUCGCUCACGCGGAUCGACCCCCAAACCCCGCCAAGAGUUCAAAAUUUCAAAAACCGCUAUAAAAAUCCCUUCCCUCUCUACUUCUUUCCACACAAAAAUCCAAACCCGCUCUCCAAAUCCCACCCGAAACCCCUCCGAUACUUCCGAAAAGACCGUAACAGCAGCCAUGUCUGGUCGUGGAAAGGGUGGCAAGGGCCUUGGAAAGGGCGGUGCUAAACGGCACCGGAAGGUGUUGAGAGACAACAUCCAAGGAAUUACCAAGCCUGCCAUCAGGCGUCUUGCACGGAGAGGUGGUGUGAAGCGUAUCAGCGGGCUGAUCUACGAGGAGACACGUGGUGUGCUGAAGAUCUUUUUGGAGAAUGUGAUCAGAGAUGCUGUGACCUACACGGAGCAUGCGAGGAGGAAGACAGUCACUGCCAUGGAUGUGGUUUAUGCCCUGAAGAGGCAGGGGAGGACUCUGUACGGGUUUGGAGGCUGAGGUUAUGGGUGUUUCUGCGCCUGGUGCGUAUGUUAGCAGCCACUGGGUUGUGAUUCUAGGGCUUUGUGUUUUGCUCUCUUUUGGUUUUAGGGUUUUACUUUCUUUGGCUUGUAAAUUUUCAGAACUCGGUUCUUCUCUUGCAAAAUCUGUGGAAAUGGAGUUGAAAUCUUAAUGAUAGUGGUGUUUUCUAA